UUUUUAAACUGUUUUUUUUUCUUUUUUUAGUAUUUUUAAAGCGUUUAUGUUUUAAAAUAACAGGAGCUCAGGAAUUCAUUGGAAGUCCAGCGGCUAGGACUCAGCACUUUCACUGCUGGGGCCCAGGUUCAAUCUCUGACCUGAUCCGAAAAAUAAGAUUCUACAAGCCGCACAGUGUGGCUAAAAAGGAAAAAGCAACAGUAACUCAUGUUACCUAGUGCUUAAUACAUCAGCCACUUUUCGAAACACUGAACGUGCAUUAACCCAUUUAUUCUUCCCAAUAAUCUUCAUUAAAGAUGAGGAUACACUGAUACUAGGGAGGUCUCCACCACGAGAUGCUGGGAGCACCCCGGCCCAAGCUGUGACAAGCCAGAAACGUUGCCAGACGCUGCCGAAUGUCCCUGGGCAGACACGACGGCCCCGAUGAGAAGCGCUGCCGGAGGGUCCUCCCGGCCACCCCGCCUGCCUCUGUCCCAGCUCAGCCCCGCACCUCUCACUACAACAAGUGGUUGCCCUGACCCCACCUGCGCACUGUGGAUUUCAGGAGGACAGGGAGGAAUCGUUUCUGCUUGGUCUCCGGACAGGUUAAAUGGAACUGCCUUCAGCAGAGGCAGCCCCAGCCCUCCGCGACCCGGGGAUCCGGGGGUGCGGGGUGAGGGGUACAUGAAAAUAACCACUGCUGGGCAUCUGGCCCAGGUGCACACCUUUGUGGGCGGGGGCAUCCUCGGAUGGCGGGGCCGUCGAGGCCAGGGCGCAUUUGCGGGGCCUGAGCGCGCACAGGCCCUGCUGAGGCCAAGCGCCUGCCCCGGCCGCCGUCGCCCACGGUGGCCGGCAGGCCCUCCUCCGACUGCACACCGCGAGGCUGACCCUGCCCACCCGGAGGCGGCGGCGGGGGCCCGGCUGAGCGCCGAGGGCCGGGGGCGCCCCCUGGUGGUCGAGCCCCUCCGGUACUCCUCACUGCCGCUUUCAACGCCGCCCCACUGCCCUCCUCACAGCAGCAGCCAGCGAGGAACUCACCCCGGACCCCAGCAACCUCCUGCGCGGCCCACGCCUCACCCCCGCUCACUCCUACGGUCUCGUCCCUAUGCAGCCGCCAAGGGGGUCUUUUAAAAUGUUAACCACGUCUGGUCACUCGGUCUGAUAAGCUUAAACC